GGGUCAUGCACAAGUAGUGAAAAGUGUCGAUGUUCUUACGCUUUUAUCAUGGUGCAUACGGGUGGUUAGGAUUUGGGAAACUGUGUCAGCUCUAUUCUUUCCUAUUUGCUACAAGCUUCCAUGAAAUCUUCAACUAGAAAGUUAUACAGUUUAGCUUGGAAAUGGGACGUUGAUACAAGUUGAUCAACAUGGUUUAAGGACUGUAUUCAAUAUUUGGUAUACAAUAUUUCCUACUUUUUGUGAUGAUAAUGAGUUCCCAACGAACAGAAGAUAAGGAACAUAAUCAUGUAGAUGUGAACGGUACAAUUUUUCCAAUCAAGAACGAUGAAAAUAGAUCGAUUUUAUCUAUGCCAUAUGAUUGCAUUUUUGAAGUAUUACAAUACCUAAAUCAGAUCGAUUUAGUUAACGUCUGUUUGGUUAAUAGAGAAUUGUAUUACUUAGCAAGACGAAAACUUUAUCGAUCCAUCUUCGUUGUGAUUCUUGGUCCUCCGAUUGAAAUCAAAAUGAAUGUGUAUAAUUACUUCUACACCAAUUAUACUAUCAUGAAUCGUGCUGAUUAUAGAAUGGACCAUUUAUUAAAGAAUCCAAACUUGCGGUUUUGUCAAUUAAUAAGAUUUAAUUUCAUCAAGCCCGAAUUCUACCAACGUGUUCAAAGACUAUAUCCUCGAAUUAGAAUGCACGUAGAUGUUCAAAUCAACUGCUGGGUGCCUCUGAUUCCAUUGAGUAUGAUAUCAUACUAUUCUGAGCUAAACCUAUAUGAGCUUGUAGCAAUGAAAAACACCAGUUUCAUGUUACCACUGGUGAGGAAAAUCAGGGUAGAUAAAUAUACAUAUGACUACGUGACUUCAAGUUUAGUGGCAAGGUUAACAAACUUAAGGCUAGUGGCCAUUUAUAGUUGUAAAGAUGUAUUAGCAAGGUUGGAGUCAAUUAAAUUAAUUACGGUCAAGGAGGUAGAGAUUCACAAUUGCAUUACCCGACCAGAUG